UACUGUUCCAUUCAUUUCUCUCACCAAUUUCUCUCCCAACUCAAACCCUCUUCUCUCCUCCGCCCGCCGCCGCCGCCGCCGCAAUCAAUAUAUCUCAUGCACCAGAGUCAAGAACCGGAGACAUGAAAGAUCCAGCUCAGGGCGGCGAGAUCGUGGAGGUCGAGGGCGGCCAGAUUCUCCGGGCCACCGGGCGGAAAGACCGCCACAGCAAGGUCUACACCGCCAAGGGGCCAAGGGACCGCCGCGUGCGCCUGGCGGCGCACACGGCCAUCCAAUUCUACGACGUCCAGGACCGGCUCGGCUACGACCGUCCGAGCAAGGCCGUGGACUGGCUCAUCAAGAAGGCCAAGACGGCAAUCGACAACCUCAACGACCUCCCGCUGCCCCAGCCGCCGCCCGGAUGGAGCGACGGCGCAGCCUGGAGCCACUCCCCUGCAACAGCAGCAGAGCCAAACCCUAGCUCUGCUGCUGCCAGGGAGCAACAAUCUCAUGUUGGGAGCGAAUAUAAUUUCGCUCCCAACACCAGCAGAAAUAGCAACAACAGCAACAACAAUAACAAUAAUAAUAAUAAUAAUUCGGCCUCGUCUUUUAUGGGCGAGGCCGAUCUCAUGACCACCAUGAAGUCCUUGUUUCCAACCAGCAGUUUUGCAGGUUUCGACAAUGAUUCUUCUGAGGGCUCGUCUUUUCAGACGAGAGACCUCGGCCUGUCGCUCCAGACGCUCCAGGCCGACAGCCGGGCGAACCCUGCCGCCCCGUUCCAAGGGAAUUUCCACUGGAGCAGCGGCGGCGCCGUUUUCGCCUCGUUUUCCGAAAGGGAGCUGCUUCAGUCCAACGCGGGGGAAAAUACGUGGAAUCAGAGGCCUCAACGGCCUCUGGUUCCACCGAAUCACCACGAUCAAGAUCCGAAUCUUCAUCAGCCUCGUAGCGCUUUCGAGCUCGGAUUUCGCGUUCCGGCUCGGAUUUACGGCGAGGAAGAAGCCGCGGAGAAUCAUCGGUGAAUGAAAUUCUUAGCCAUUUCUUGCUUUCUAAUAAAUAGGUAAUUUUAUUUUCUUUCUUUACUUUUUUUGUGCCAGAAGAAUUCGAUGUUUAUUGAAUUGCUAAGCAGAAAAUAAAAUUGUGUUGUUGUUGCAAAAUAGUACUAGUAAAACUCAUGGUUGGAGACACCAUUAAUUAGUUGUGUUAAUUUUAUUUUUCUUUAAUUUCUGCCAAUAAUUUUUCAGACAUUUGUUGGUUUGAUUUAAUCAGAAAUUUGGUUUAUAAAUUGGGGUGAAGUCUUAAGCU